AUGUUCAGACAAGCAAUCUCCACCUCUUCCAGGGCUCUGCGCGCCAGCUCAAGAGUAUAUGCACCGAGCACCGUCACGCGCGCACAGUUCUCCCCAGCUGCCGCAUGCUCGCCGAGGUCACCGCUGCAGAGCUCAAGAUGGUACAGCGACUCGCCAGAGGCAAAGAAGGAGGCCGAGGAUGCGAAGCCCGCAGAUGCUGAGGCCCCUGCAAGCCCCGAGGCCGAGCUGAAGAAGAAGCUCGAGACAAAGGAAAAGGAAGCCCUUGACUGGAAGGACAAGUACCUUCGCUCCGUCGCCGACUUCCGAAACCUCCAGGACAGAGCCGCCAGGGAGCAGAAGUCUGCCCGGGACUUCGCCAUCCAGAAGUUCGCCAAGGACCUGGUCGACAGUGUCGACAACCUCGACCGUGCUCUCACCAUGGCUGAGGAGAAGAUCAAGGCCCUCCAAGGAAGCGACCAAAAGAACGAGGAACUCUCCAGCUUCUACGAGGGUGUCAAGAUGUCCGACGGUAUCCUCCAGUCAACACUCACCAAGCACGGUUUGGAGCGAUUCGACCCUGCGGGCGACAAGUUCAACCCCAACGAGCACGAGGCCACUUUCAUGACCCCCCAACCUGACAAGGAGGACAACACAGUCUUCUUCGUUCAACAGAAGGGUUUCAAGCUCAACGGCCGUGUCUUGAGAGCCGCCAAGGUUGGCGUCGUCAAGAACACCUAA